CAGGUGCAUUACCUGGUCUGACAAACACAUCACCCACAUUCACCAGAAUGUCUUUCUUUGGGCCGCCAAGCACGCCAGGACGAUCGGUACACACACACCAAUCCACGACACCAGCCGGGCAGCCUCCCACAUGGCUGGAACACACGGGCAAAUCAACUACGCCCGCUGGUGAGCCUCCGCGAAGCUCGCGCUUUGGCAGAAGCUCGUACAACCCGACCAAGAGUCCCAACAGAUUUGCGCGAAAGAAGCCUGGCUUUUCAGUGCCGGAAGACGAUGAUGAUGACUUCUCCGACGACGACGAUGACGAUGCGAUGGAUGCAGGUGACAGCAAAUACGAUUUCCGAGAGUCAGCUCAGUCUGGCUUCCACCCACGACCCGCAGCGCCCACUCCGCCUCGAGGGCUCAAACGCGAUGCAUACGGCACAGUACGCGAGAAUAGUGGUAUCGCGGAGGUGGCACGAAGCACGAUGAGCAACAGUAGACCCGCAGCUUUGGCGGAACCAGACAUUGUGAUUCUGCAGAGCGAGCACAUCGUGUCGGAAAUCGAUGCGAAAAUACAGCGAAGAGUCAUCGAAGGAGAGGCCGCGCUGGUGGAGAGCGUGACAGAGUUGACCAAGACGUGGAGGCAACACAGUGAUGUGCAGACUAAAGCGGGCGCCAUAGGGCCUAAGGCGAAGGACAGCUUCACGCAAGCCAAUUACCUGGCUUCUCUACUCUUGCAACUGCAUCAUCCACACACGAACACUCGCCAGCCGCAGCCCGGUGGUCGUCUGCGGAAUGGCUCGGUGCCUCCCCCUUCCCACAACGCAACAGUCCCGCGGGCCCUGCUCGAGUGGCUGGAGACCUACCACCAGCCAUUCCCGGACGACUACGACGCGGUCCAUCUGAACGAACCCGCGCCUUCUGCGCACGAGUCGUUCUGGGACAUUGUCUACGCGAACCUUCUGCGUGGACACAUUGGGAGAGUCAUCAGAUUGUUGGCAGAUGCCAAAUGGGAUUACGCAGAUACCGCACUUGACGAUGGGGCCGAUCACCCAGGUUAUCAUGGCAGACAGUACGAUAACGUUGUGGAGGUGGUACAGGACUGUAUUAACGUGCUGGGCGAAUGCCCCGGGCAUCGUUAUAGCAACUGGGAUGUGAAGAGCACUGAGUGGGCUGUGUUCCGUGGCCGCGUGAAAGCAGUGUCGGACGAGCUAGAAGCGUUUGCUGAAGGUGACGAUCUGGGCGAGUCUUUGAAUGGAGAGAAUGUUUUCCAACGCAGUCUGGGAGCAAGCAUGAACAUGUCCACGGCUAGUCGGAGAGCAUCGAGUCGAGUCCCGUGGACGAUAUACGAGAACCUGAGGCUGAUUUAUGGACUCGUUCUUGGCCAACCGGAUCAAAUACUGAUGACCUCGCAAGAAUGGCUAGAGGCUGCUCUCUAUCUGACCAUCUGGUGGGACGGUUCAGAUGAAUCAGACCUGAAUGCAAGCGCCAACCCAAAUCCCAUCAAGAGAGGACGAGAUAGAACGCGCGAAGUCGAUGUAGCACCGCUGGCCGCUUAUCGGAGGAGAUUGGCCGACGCAUACCUCAGAGUGCAGGACCAGACAAUUGAGGAUGACAAGACUGGUCGCCAGAUCCUUGACACCGUGUUUCGACCUGACACAACUGACACAGUGCAAGUUGGUCUGGGCUGUAUCAUGGAAGACCAGGUCAGUAGCGUCAUUGGCAUCUUGCGGACCAUGAGCAUGCCCGUCGCAGUCUCUGUAGUGGAGGUGGCUGCUUUAGGAGGCUGGCUUCCUCUUGCACGCCCCAGCAGCAGAGGUGGAGCGUUAAGUCAAGAAGGGCUUUCUCAGGAAGACCUUCUUGUGCUGUCGUAUGGAGCGCCUCAGGAGAAUAAAGAUGAGGUCAGUCGCGACGAGAUUCUGAUCGAGUAUGCCGACCUGCUGGCCGGCAAAGAAACAAUCAGCGACAAGGAUGGCUGGGAAAUGGCCGUGGCAGUCCUGAACCGACUCGAUCAGACUGCUACCGCAAACACGAAAAUUGGCGACUUGUUGGAUCGUUUGCCAUUGACCAAUGAUACCACGGUCGAUAAAGUACUUGAUGUGUGCGAUCGGCUUGAACAGCACGAACAACGACGAAGUAUAGCAGAGCGCUACGCGGACCAUCUGGCCGAGAAUACGAAGUCGUAUGGGCUUGCAUUAAUAUACUAUGCGCGGGCGCAAGCGAAAGAGAAGUUGAAAGACACAGUAUCGCUGCUGACAUCGCUGUGCCUUCUGCAUUCGGUGUCAAUGCCCGCGGCGCGCAACAUCGACCCCAAGCUCCAAUCACUCAUAAGUCACGAACGCGUGGCACUCACCGAUCUUGGACACGUUGAUUUAGAGGCCGCCCAGCUACUGGCCUCACAUCUCAGCGGCUAUGCUAUGCUUCGCAAAUUCUACGAUCUUCGCGAUCAGGACAUGCUGGCUAACUCGGCGUCACCUCUCAAGCCUCUCGAGCGCCGCCGUCAAGCUGCCGCAUCUUUGUCUGCUGUCAUGAAGAGUGCAGCAGAUUGUAUCCCAGGCGGACUCUUUGAUCCAGAAGCAGAAACUGUCAUUCCAGCCGAAGGCAUACUAGCUUUGUUCGGCGAGUGUCUACCCUUUCUUGGCCAAGACAAACGAAUCUUCACGCAACAGCACGUCUUCGGCUUGCUUGCAAUUCUAGAGGACUUCAUCGCCGCUCCGCCACGAAUACGCGAAAACGCCGAAUCACUACUUUCCGCGAGCUUGGGCGCCUACCGAGACGAGAUCAACACUGGUACGGGACCGUUUGGCCAGAAGGGGCGAGGGAAGCAAAAUAGCCAGGAAGACCUGAGCAAGAGCGUUGGCUCCAGCUGGGAAUUGAUGGCCGAGAGUGUUGCGAUAGAUGCUCAAAAGGGAGAACGCAUUCAACGUGCUUGGGACUGGAGACAAGGGCUUGUUGAUGGCGGGAUCGGAGGGAGCGAGGAAGAGGUGGUGAGUCUGGUGAGAGAAGCGCUGGUGCGAGAGGUUGCUCGUGGAUGGGGAGGACGGAUCAACUGGUAGUAGUGGCAGCUCAUACAUCCUGGUGACAGACCGUUACUUUCCGUAGCGGAGACAGAAGAUCAAGUAAAAUGCUCGGCAGCCUACCUCCGAGCGGUGUCUUUCAGUCGAAAAAGGAUUGGCUGACGAGAAGAUAAUUUUCCUGAAGUCUGGUACGAAUAG